UGAGGUUUCACUCGCCUGCUGUAUAGUACAGAAGUACAGAAGUAGGCGGUUUCGGACGCAGUGAAUAAUGGAUCCUCGAGCCAUCGAUCAGCACCCCCCUCGUGGACAGCGCCCGGUGACGUCACACCGAGAACAGGGAGUGUGCGCGUGUGACGCGCGUAGGAACCACUUGUUGAUGGAUUCUGUUUCCGGUCGGACUGUAUCGUGGCGGGACCGGAAACAUGGCGUUCAACUUCGGCGGCGCGGCCAACAGCGCGAGUCUUUCUGGCACAGGCUUCGGAGCUGCGACCACGACAUCUGCACCCACGGGCUUCGGCUUCGGGUCGGGCGGCACGGGAUUUGGCUCUCUGGCCCCCAGCGGUGGCCCCGCUGCGCCUGUUAGUUUUGGGGGCUUUGGUUUGGGCCCCGCGGCCCCUGUGCUCAGUUUUGGCAGUAGCCUCAGUGGAGCAGGUGCAUUCGGGGGGUUCGGCUCCACCACCACCUCCGCCGCCGGCGGCACCGGCUUCAGCUUCUCCACGCCAUCAAACGCAGGUGCGAGUCUCUUCGGAAACACUCAGAGUAAGGGCUUUGGUUUCUCGUCGGCUCUGGGCUCGAGUGGAGGUCUGGGCGGCGCUGGACUGGGCUUCGGAGGAUUUGGUGGGAUCCAGCCUGCUCAGAACCAGCCGGGAGGCCUGUUUAACCAGCAGGCGUCUCAGUCCAGUCAGCUCUUUAACACGGCCAGCGCUCUCUCCGCUCCGUCGGUCCUCAGCGAUGAGCGCGACUCCAUUCUGGCCCGAUGGAACCAGCUGCAGGCCUUCUGGGGCGUAGGGAAGGGUUACUUCAGCAGCAGCACACCCCCGGUGGAGUUCAGCCCCGAGAACCCCUUCUGCCGCUUCAAGGCGGUGGGCUACAGCUGUGUUCCUGAUGUGAAGGAUGAGGAUGGUUUAGUGGCUCUGGCUCUCAAUAAGAAGGAAGCAGACGUUCGCUGUCAGCAGCAGCAGCUGGUCGAAUCGAUGCACAAGGUUCUGGGAGGAAACCCGACUCUGACGGUCAACGUGGAGGGAGUGCGAGCGCUGCCCGAUGACCAAACGGAGAUGAUCAUUUAUCUGGUGGAGCGCUCUCCUAACGGCAUGUCGAAGCGAGUCCCGGCGUCCACGCUCUACAGCUACAUGGAGCAGAUGAACGUGAAGUCUGUGCUGCAGCAGCUGGGCGUCAUCAUGGCGGUCAGUCGCACCGCACUGACCCCGGCGCAGCUCAAGCAGCUGCUGCAGAACCCGCCCGCAGGUGUGGAUCCGAUCAUCUGGGAACAGGCCAAAGUGGACAAUCCAGACCCAGAGAAGUUGAUUCCGGUGCCCAUGGUGGGCUUCAAAGAGCUGCUGCGCAGACUGAAGAUCCAGGAUCAGAUGACCAAACAGCACCAGACCAGAGUGGAUAUCAUCUCUAACGACAUCAGCGAACUGCAGAGGAAUCAGGCCACGACCGCCGCCAAGAUCACACAGUACAAACGCAAGCUGAUGGACCUCUCACACAGAGUGCUGCAGGUGUUGAUUAAACAGGAAGUUCAGAGGAAGAGCGGUUACGCCAUUCAGCUGGACGAGGAACACCUGAGGGUUCAGCUGGAAACCAUCCAAUCAGAGCUCAACGCACCGACACAGUUCAAGGGGCGACUGAAUGAGCUCAUGUCUCAGAUUCGGAUGCAGAAUCAUUUUGGAGCCGUUCGUUCAGAAGAGCGUUACCGUGUUGAUGCUGACCUGCUGAGAGAAAUCAGACAGCAUCUGAAGCACCAGCAGGAGGGUUUGAGUCACCUGAUCAGCGUCAUUAAAGACGAUCUGGACGACAUCAAGACGAUAGAAGACGAGCUUCACGACAGCGUUCACGGGCGCAGCAGCAAGCUCAGCUGACGCAGGUCAGAUCACUUCUCGUUCUGAACAGGAGUUCGGAGAACGGAUCCCUUUCCAACAUCUGAACAUGAGAAAUAAAUGAGCCAGGAACAGCGGAUGGUGACACCGAUCUCUUUGUGUUGGAGCGGCACUUUUAUUUUUACUUGCGCGUGUGAAUGUGUGCCUUUGAUCAGCUGGUAUGUUUUACUGUGUCUAUGAUUGAUUAAUAAAGGUUCACUGUAUGAAUUUCA